GUGGCCACUAGCCACAGCCUUGCGACUUGCGAGGAUAACGAGACACUGAAGCAGAAAGAACCGAGAGACAGUUUCCGAGUCAGAGAUAAGAAUGGCAGCUUCAUUAUCGACGGUUUCAUGUACAUCGCCACCGUGGGUAUCAGCUCGAAGUGUACAAACUUCUCGCUGCCCUUCAGCUUCGCUUUCUUUCUUCUCCCGUUCAAGACCAAGAAGCAAUUUCUCAAUGAAUGUGAUCAGCAACUCUACAGCUCGCUCUGGACUUCUUCACUGCUCCUUUCUCUCUUCUUCUCUCUCAGUCCCUUCUUCCUUCUCAGGUUUAUCUUUGGGGUUGGAUUUGAAUUCUGACAAUGGGGUCAGAAAGGGAAGAGGCUAUGGCCUUGUGGUCAGAGCUGGAAAGGCUGCUCUUUGUCAAACCAAGAGGAACAGGUCUCGAAAGUCUCUGGCUCGGACUCAUGGCUUUCGUCGACGGAUGAGAACCACUAGUGGAAGGGCAAUAUUGAAACGCCGACGUGCCAAGGGGCGACGGGUCCUUUGCACCAAAUCCAACCCUAAUUCUGGAAAACGUCAUCUUUAAAUUAGUCUCGUAGAUUCAUUUGGUGAAGUUUAAUGGUACGUACUGAUUGUUUUUGUAUCAAGUAACUUUGCAGGCUUGUAUUCAAAGAUAUUUUCCAUUGAGGAACCCUUUGUAGAUUAAGUCUUGCUUUCUCUGUCUUGAUCUAUUUCUGUUCUCAUUUUAUUUACAAUGUUUCUAGUUUUCACUGGUUCGGUCUGAAAUGUACAAUGUCAUUUCUUCAGAUAAUCUGAAAUGGUCUUUAGGUUCAGCUUCUUUUCA